AUGGCUACAAUUCCAUCACAUGGACACGCCUGCUGUUUCUGUGAGAAGUAUGAGUUCAUGGACACAUCUCUUGUUCUGAGUGCGAAGCGCGCCUGCGCUGGGGCGGCCUUCCUCCACGCACCGGAAGGAGCUGGCGGAUGGGGCCUGGCGUCGUCGGCCGAGCCGGAGCGGGCGCGAGAACGAGGCAGCCGAGGGUUCCCCGCCGCGGGAAGGGCCAUGCUGAGCGGGCCGUGGCGACGAGCUGCGUCUGCGCUGCGGGCAUCGGCCGCCGGGAGCAGGGCGGUGCACGCGGCGGGGCCCAGGCCUGCCGCCGACAGCCCGGAGUCGGGCCCGGCCUCGCCUCCUGCCGCCUUUGACGCGGCCCUGCUGGACGUGCUGGUGUGCCCGCUCUCCAAGAAGCCUCUGAGGUAUGAGGUAUCAACAAACGAACUGAUUAACGAAGAACUGGGAAUUGCUUAUCCAGUCAUUGACGGCAUUCCUAAUAUGAUACCCCAGGCGGCAAGAAAGAUACACAUACACCAGAAUAAGCAACAAGAAGAAAAAGAACAAGAGUAGGCUGUUCCUAAACACCAGACUCCUGGACACC